AUGUUAGCUGGUCUUUUUGUGGAACAAGCAAGCGAAUCACCAGAACGGCUGGCACUGGACGCCUGGGAUCACAAAUUCACCUAUGCAGAGCUGGACAGGGCCACGACGAGAUUAGCACGUCACUUGGUCGGCCUGAUGGAGCCAGGCACGCUGAUCCCGAUAUGCUUUGAGAAGUCGGCGUGGGCCAUCAUCGCAAUGCUUUCGGUGCUCAAGGCCGGCGGCGGGUUCGUGCCGCUGGAUCCGACGCAGCCCAAGCUUCGCAGGGACAAGAUGAUAAGACAGCUGGGCAGCCGGCCACCAGUAAUCAUCGCGUCGGAUCUGCACGCAAAGACGAUGGAGGGAGACGGCCUCGAUGUCGUCAGCGUCGGGCCCUCGCAGCUCGAACAGCUCCAGGAUGGCGACCUCCCGCCCAGGCCGGUGAGAGCAGACAGCGCUGCCUACUGCCUGUUCACCUCUGGCAGCACCGGAGAGCCCAAGGGCGUCGUCAUGAGCCACGGGGCGGUCGUGUCCAGCCAGGUCCGCCGACGUGGCUUCAAGGGAUACGACAAGGACUCUCGGGUUUUUCAGUUUUCGUCAUACAGCUUCGACACGUGCAUCGACGAGAUUUUCAUGACGCUCGGCGUCGGCGGGUGUGUCUGCAUCCCGUCGGACGACGAGAGGAUCAACAGUCUGGCGGCGACGAUACACAAAAUGUCGGUCAACCUGCUCGAAAUCACCACGACCGUGGCCGCUUUGAUAAACCCCGACGACGUCCCCUCGGUAAAGACGAUAAUAUUCGGGGGAGAGUUUGUCCCGCACACCGCCGUGGCGCCGUGGCAAGCCAAGGCCCGCGUCAUCAACUCGUACGGCCCGACCGAGUGCUGCGUCGACUGCGUCUUUGGCGACGUCACGGCCGCCUCGACACAUGGCCUGAUCGGCACGAGCGCCGCGUCGGCAACCUGGAUCGUCGACCCUGACGAUCACAACAAGCUCCUGCCGAUUGGCGCAACGGGAGAGCUGCUCAUCGAGGGGCCGGUGUUGGCCACGGGCUACCUGAACGACAAGGAACAAACGGACCGGGCGUUCAUCCGCGACCCGGAAUGGCUUCUUGGCAGGGAAUCCCCAGGCGCGCCUGGCAGGAGCGGGAGGCUGUACAAGACGGGGGAUCUGGCCAGGUACACCACGGACGGGAGCAUCGUGUACGUGGGGCGCAAAGACACCCAAGUCAAGAUCAACGGCCAGAGGGUUGAGCUGGGAGAGGUAGAGUCGCACGUCUCGAAACACGUGCCGAGGGCGUCUCAUGUCGUCGCCGAGGCAGUCUCCUACCCGGACGGGACCCAGGCGCUCGUGGCGUUCGUCGUCGGCAUCGCAGACGACAAGGGUUCGUCUCCAGAAACGCCGCUGCUGGAGCCCAUGGCAAACGUGACUCGUUUACAAAACCAGCUCUCCGAGGGUCUGCCUCGGUACAUGAUACCAACCGCGUUUUUAAGCUGCAAAACACUGCCGCUUACCGUCUCGGGCAAAGCCGACCGCAGACUCCUCCGCGAGACGGCGGCAGGGAUGGCCCGCGGUGCAGACGCGGCAGAUGCAGCAGCAGCAGCAGCAGCAGCAGCAGCAGCGCCUCGGCCCAUCAGCAGCAGGGAGCGAAAGCUGCAGCAGAUCUGGGCGGACGUUUUGAGCAUGGAAAAAUCGCGGAUAUCGGCCGACAGCAACUUCUUUGAGCUCGGAGGCGACUCGGUAGCGGCCAUCAAGAUUGCGGGUCUGGCGGCAAAGCAGGGGAUGAAGCUCGCGGUGGCCGACGUCUUCAAGCACCCGAACCUCUGCCAGCUGGCGGCGAGGGCUGCGGAGAAAAAGGCCACCGGCAGUGCCAAAGAGGUCCCGGUCGCAGCCUUCUCCCUGUUGGGCUCGUCGGAAGAGGCCGAGCGGGCAAGGGACCGAGUGGCCGAGUCGUACAACCUGGACCGGGACAGCAUCGUGGACUUGUUUCCCUGCACGCCGCUGCAAGAAGGACUGCUGUCCCUGACGGCCGCUGACCCCAGCAACGGCCAGUACAUGAUGCAGCAGGUGCUCCGCCUUUCGGAGGGCGUCGAUAUGGACCGGUUCCGCGCGGCCUGGGAAGCCGUUUUCCAACACCUCGCCAUCCUCCAGACCAGGAUCUUCCCCGCCGAGACGGGACAGGGCCUGCUGCAAGGCGUGGUCAAGACCCCGGCUAUCCCAUGGAGGGAGGAGGCAUCGUCCCUGGCCGAGUAUCUACAGAGAGACAGGUCCUCGCUGAUGGGACUGGGUGACCCUCUGACGCGAUACGCAGUGGUGGACGACGGGCGGCAAAAGUGGUUCGUCUGGACCAUCCACCACUGUCUCUACGACGGCUGGACGCUGCCGCGCACGAUGGCGCUGGCCGAGCGCGCCUACGCACAUCCGGAGCUCGGGUUGGGCCAGCAGGCCCAGUUCAGCGCCUUCAUCAAGUACCUGCUCGGCCGCGACCGUCACGAGAGCGGCGAGUUUUGGAAGUCGUAUCUCGCAGGGGUCCAAGUAAAGAAGCUGCCGCAACGAGCCUGGAAGCCGGACACGGCAGAGACUAGAGGUUAUGUUGAGAAGCGGCGGCCCAUCUCCUUUGCCAGCAACAAAAAACACCUCCCGUCGACCUUUGUCCGCGCCGCCAUGGGCUUGGUACUGGCGGACUUUACCGGCUCUGACGAUGUCGUCUACGGCAGCCUCGUGUCUGGUCGGCAGAACCCCGUCAGCGGCAUCGAGGACAUGAUGGGUCCGACUUUUGCCAUGGUGCCCGUCAGGAUCUGCUUGAGAGACCGGAGCAGGACAAAAGAGGACCUGCUUGAUGCCGUCCAGGACGACACCAUUCGCAUGAUACCACACGAGCAGGAGGGUCUCCACAACAUCUCCAGCCUGGACUCGUCGUGCCGGGACGCUUGCGACUUCCAGGUCGCCUUGAGCAUCCAGCAGCACGACCGCGACGAGUCCUUUGGCGCCGGGACGCUCGGCCAGUGGCAGGAGGACGAGUCCGGUCGCCCCACCGGCGGAGCCAUGACCUAUCCCGUCCACAUCGAGUGUUUGCUGGACGACGGGGAGGUCAGCGUCAGAGCAAACAGCGAUCGGGAGACCAUGUCACCUGCAGAUCUGGCAAGGAUGGUUGACCAUUUCUUCUACAUGCUAGAGCAGCUGCUACGGCAACGUCAAGAAAAGUUGGCCGAGAUGCAAGCCCUGGUGCCGUCCGACCUGCGUCCCAUCGUUGAAUCGAGCGAGACGGUGCCCAAAUCCUCUGAAGAGCCGCCCCAGAACAUGGUUUUGGAAAAGGCAGUAGAGAUCCCCGAUGCAGUUGCCAUCGAAGCCACCUCAGCCCAAGCCCUGACGACAAACGAGAAGAAGAUGCAAAUGAUCUGGUCCAAGAUACUAUGUCUGGACCCGUCUUCCAUCGACCGGACCGACUCCUUCUUCAGGCUCGGGGGCAAUUCGAUAGCCGCCCUGAAGGUCAUAGCCGAGGCGAAAAAGCAAGGCAUGAUACUGACCGUGGCCCAGAUGCUUCGCAACCCUCGGCUCAACCUCUUGGCUGCCAUGGCCACCGAGCGCUCACCGCGCAGAGCAGCAGAGGAGACUUCCUUGUCCAUCGCGGCAUUUUCCCUGCUGCCGUCGCAGGCCGACCACGCAGGACUGUGCUCCGAAAUAACUGCCACCUAUCAGCUCCCAAGUGACGCCAUCCAAGAUCUCCUGCCGUGUACCCCUCUCCAGGAGGGCCUCAUUUCGUUGACCAGCAGCGACGCGGGCAACUAUCUUGUCCAAAAGGUCCUCUGCUUGUCGGACCAUGUCGACCUGGAUGCGCUGCGUUCGGCGUGGGAGCGGGUGGUAAGCGCGCUGCCGAUAUUGAGGACCAGGCUUUUCUUUACAAAGGAGCACGGCAUCCUCCAGGGCGUUAUGAAACAAGGGAUCGAUUGGAAUUCCGUGUCCCCCGGCGGCAGUCUCGACGAGUACCUACGCAUAGACGUGACUAGACGCACCGGAUUGGGAGAUGCUCUUUCGCGGUUUGCCAUAGUUACCGAGGGCAGAAGCCGCUAUUUGGUCUGGUCCAUUCACCACAGCGUUUUUGAUGGUUGGAUGCUGCCCCGCGUGGUGGAAAUGGCCGGGUGCGAAUACAAAGGGGUCAGCCUCGGCUCCCCUGUCGUCGACUAUGGACACUUCAUCAGAUAUCUUGUCGGGCUCGACGUGGGAAAGACGAGGGAAUUUUGGCGAGGAUAUCUCAACGGCGCACGCCGCCCUCUGCUCUUGGCCAGUCGCGGAAACGACCAAGAUGAAGCCGGGUCGGCAGGAUACGGCAUUUUGGAAAUGGAACGCGCCGUCGACCUCAAAAACAACAGACGUCAGCAUCACACCGCUUCAACCUUGAUCAGGGCUGCUAUGGGGUUUGCUCUGGCCCACCUGGGCGGCGGCUGCAACGAUGUGGUUUUCGCCAGUACCGUCCAUGGCCGGAGCUGUCCGGUGCCCGGCAUCGAAAACGUCAUGGGUCCUACCAUCGCCACCAUCCCCGUGCGGGUGCAGUUUCAAGACGGACAGGCGGUCGGGCGUCUUUUGGAUACACUACACAGCCAGGCCACUUUGAUGACGCCACACGAGCACUACGGGAUCCAAAACAUCCGCCGCAUCGACGAGUCGUGCAGAAACGCCUGCGACAUAAUGGCCUUUCUGGUUAUCCAGCAGGGCAUGUCCGUCGAUGACGAAGCGGAGCAAGGGUCCUUGGGACAGUGGCAGUAUGGUCCGGCUAGGGCCGACACCAGCGCGUACCCCAUUGACAUGGAGUGCACAAUACACGACCAAAGGAUAGCUGUUCGCGUAACCUACAGCCGAGAGGCGGUCGCAGAGCGCGACACCAAGAGCUUCGUGAACUACUUCUACUCGGUGCUUGAGCAGCUUUCGCAUUCGACCCCGGAUGACGAUACCAUGGUGCAAGAUAUUGCGGCAGCGGCUCCCACGAGAAUCAAGCAGAUGUGGGCGUGGGAAGACGACGACAAUACACCCAUUCCUCAAUCCCCCCUUCCGAGCGAUGACGGCAGUGCCGACAUGAGCAGCAACGACUGCAGGGAUAUUCAAAGCCCCGGUGCCGGCAGCAGUAACCAAAGUGUCGCCAGUGCUGAUGACGUGGUCAGUAGUAGCAGCAGCAGCAGCAGCAGCGCUCCCGACGACAUCGACAACAGCCUGGUCAAAUCGACCGAGGGAAACCAUCAUCAUCAGCCCGUCGAAUCAGUUCAAUCCCUGCCGACACUCGACACUCUGUCAUCUGCAGUAGAAGCCUUGGAGACGCUCCGUAGCAUCUGGGCCAGUGUUCUCGACCUGCCCCCAUUGGAAAUUGGUAUCCAGGACAACUUCAUCAAGCUGGGCGGUGACUCGGUCAUGGCCAUGAAGGUCGCCGCUGCCGCCCGCGCCGCCGGGUGGACCAUCCCCGUGUCCAAGGUGAUGAGAUUCCCUACCAUCUCCCAGCAGCUCCCGUACUUCGUUGCCCCGACAGGGUCCGAGCCGACUCUGGCCGUCCCGCGGCCCUACUCUCUGGUGCCCUCGGAGGUUGUCUCAGAAGUCCUACAGCGCCUGAAGCAGCAGCAGCAACAGCAGCACGGGGUGUCGGGGGUUCUCGACGUGCUUCCGACCACCGACUUCCAAAACAAUUCCGUCAGGGAAGCAAUGGACUCGCCCAAAGAAGCUCUCAACUACAUGGCCCUCGGCCUGGGGCAGACGGUUGACUUUGCACAGGUCCACGACGCCGUCAACGCGCUAGUCGAGCGCUUGGAAACGCUCCGGACGGUAUUCAUGUAUUGCAGGGGGAGAGCGUGGCAGGUCGUGCUCAAGACCCUUCCGGUCGCUCUUGGCCUGGUCACGGCCCCAGAUGACGACCUGGCCGUGGUAGUCGAUAAGAUCAUGUCAACCACUCACGGCAGAUGCUACUACGACCAUCCCAUCGCAUCCUUUACUCUGGCAAAAACGCCCAGAGCCGGUUACAGGCUCGUCAUCGGCAUGUCGCACGCACAGUACGAUGGCCUCUCCAUUUCUCUGAUCCUGCGCACCCUUGAAAGCGUCUACAGCAACAACACCGCCUGCCCCCUCUCUCUUCCCCCCUCCACAUACGCACUGCUCCAACACAACAUGCGCUCUUCGGCCUCGGCCUACUGGACAGACCUACUCAGGCUGUCCAGGCCCUUCACGCAGCUGAAGACGCCAGCGCGGGAGCCACAGCAGGCUGACGGCCAGCAGGUCCGCAAGAGGAUCUCGGCGAGCACAUCGGUAGAGCUGCCGCCCAUAGCACAAAGCACCGGCACCAGCAUCGCGGCGCUGGCGAACGCCGCCUGGGCGCUGCUGCUCCACACGCUGGCCGGGGACGAGGACGUGGUGUACGUGACGCUGACGUCUGGCCGCGGGGCCGGCGUGCACGGCAUCGAGAGCGUGGCGGGCUGCACCAUCAACCUGGUGCCGGUGCGCGUGGGCUUCCGGAGGCCGUGGGCCGUGGCGGAGGUGAUGGCGUGCGUGCAGGCGCAGUUCGCGGCGCUGGGCCGGUGCGACACCAUGGGCCUCGACGACAUCGUGGCGCACUGCACCGGCUGGCCCGCCGACGCCGCGCCCCACUCGUCCGUCUUCUUCCACCAGGCCGUCGACGAGCGCCCCGAGCACGCCCUCGCCGGCGCCCCGGCCGCCCUGCAGAUGCUCCUCAACCCCGCCGUCCAGGUGCGCAGGACCCUCGUCACCACGCACCAUGCGGACGGCCGCCUCGGCGUCGACGUCCUCACGUCGAGCCAGCUGAUGAGCGAGGCCGAUGCCGCCGACCUGGCUCAUGCCUACGCCGGUACCGUGUCUCUUUUGUGCCGCGCUUUCAGGCUGGCGACGACGCCGGGAGUGACUGUUUGA